AUGGCGUCCGGCCUGAGCCGAUGCAGUGUCCAUCUGCGGUCCAACUCGGGUAGACCACUGCGGAGUUCAAGGUUCAAACAUGAAGGGGUUAAUCGUGUUGCUAGCUGCUGUCACUGUUGCAUACGGUGUGAAAUAUAAUGGACUACGAGUGAAAUACGGGUGGUCCGAUGCCUUAGUUGAUAAGGAAUACUUCUUCACGCUCCCUCGCACCAUCAGCGACGCUGAGGGCCAAGGCUGGAAGCGCACGGAGCGGCCGCCUAAUGCGCUACCAGAACUGAGGAUGUACUGUCCUCAGGGAAGAGGCGUCUGUCCUCUGUAUGACACAGCUGGAUUCGUGUCUGGACUACAAAUAGCUUUGCCAGUGGACGACUUCGAGUCCCUAGCUAUCAAGCCGGAGAAGAAGUUUGUGAAGUGGCGCGCCCCCGCCUCGGAGGGCGAGCCUUCAAGGGAUUACUGGACCCUCACGCAGUUCUACGUGUCAGAAGAAUCGCUGAAAGCCGGAGCUGGCCCUCAGAUAGAGAACGGUGAAACCUUGCAAGAUGGCGGCGUGUGGGUCACCGGCCUGGACGGAAGGCUGCUGAGGAUACCCAUCGACGAAGAUGACAUAGCUUCCAAGACGCUGUACAAGAAGCAGAACUGUGUCCCUAAUAUGGGUACGCACUACUACUAUAACAUGACGAAGCAGAUGAAAUGCGAGGACCUGCUGCCUUGGUUCGCGCUGGUGGAUGACGGAGAGCUGAUCGGCACUGGCUUCAUGAUGGUGGGGAAGCUGGCCACGCAGAAACAGAGGCACUGGUUCGAGAUACCACCUUCCCCGAAACAAGUGCCUGAGAUCGUGAUCCCGUACGCUCCGGAUUGCUUCCGCGAUUGGGCGGAAUCCUACGGCAUAGUGUCGCUUCACAUCUACUACAUCGACAACCCCUGGACCAUCCGAUGCCAGUAGGUGUGAAUACUCCAGCACGAUGCACGUUUGUGUCACAUCAUGGAUAAAUAACUUACCUACCUGGAAAAUUUAAAAAAAAAAUAUGAGAAUAAAAAUUACUAGGAGUGACAUUUUUCUUUUCAUCUUUUUCCAAUUACACCAAUUACAAAGAGACAGAUUAUUUCCGUUCCCCUCUGUCUAGAGAUGGAGCGGUUCGGAAAAUUUUCCUUGUAAUUUUUCCCCUUUGGACCAUAGGCACCUAUUUCAAUGAAUGUUUUUCCACGUGGGUAAAGUUACAUACACCUUAAGGAUAUAUUCAUAAGUUUGUAUUCUGCUAAGCACGUUUACGCACGUUCUUUUCUUUUGCACUUUGUUCUACUAUUAGCUGUCAAAUUAAGAGCUGUGACCUUUUAUUUGAAUUCAUUUGAACUUAUUCUGUGAUUUUCAAUAUACUUUACAACAAAACAAUUCCCUAUUAACUUCUUUAUGGUCAAUUAAUAAACUUUUUUUAUUUACUUUGCCUAUCAAUACGAAUUAUUUUUAAUAACUUAAGUACUUAAUACUUGAUUCUAUCACGGUUAUUUGUUAAAUAAGCAGGACCAUUUUGGGUAUUAAGUACUUAUCUACGUAAGAACUACUACUGAUUAAAGUAUUUUCGCAUUAUACUUAAUUACGUUACUUUGAUAAACAUUUUGCUUGUUUUUCAUUCACAAUUUACUUACGUAGGUACUUUAUGUGUAAUAGAUGAUUAAAAAUCAAUUAACAAAUUA